AUGGCGGCCUAUCCGGAGAGCUGUGUGGACGCCACCGUGCUGGACUUCGUCGCCGACCUGUCUCUGGCCUCCCCGGGGCACCCUCUCCUCUGCGACUUCGCACCGGCGGUCCGCUUUGGAGACCGAGGUGGAAGACCCAGGAGGCUGGCGCGCUUUGAGGAGGAGGACCCAGAAGAAGAGGAGGGCGAAGUAGACGAGGAAGAGGAGGAAGAGGAGCCCGGGAGAGGCGCCUCCCUGCUGGGCCGCCCCAAGAGGAAAAGGGUGAUCACCUAUGCUCAGCGCCAGGCCGCCAACAUCCGCGAAAGGAAGCGAAUGUUCAACCUCAACGAGGCCUUCGACCAGCUGCGGAGGAAGGUGCCCACUUUUGCUUACGAGAAGAGGCUGUCCCGGAUCGAGACCCUACGCCUGGCCAUCGUCUACAUUUCCUUCAUGACCGAGCUCUUGGAGAGCUGCGAGAAGAAAGAAACCGGCUGA